AUGUUCUUUUGUCAAAUUAUGUUGGGUUUAAUAAAUUCCACGUACUCUUUUCCAUUUCUCUCUCUCUCUCUCUCUCUUUCUCUCUCUCGCACGCGCGCACACACACACACACCUCAAAACCAAAUACUUUCUUUUCCUAUUUCUCUUACUUUCGCUCUCUCACUCACUUCCUUCUCCGUUACCCCUCUCUCAUUUAGUCACUUCCUGAUUGGAACUCUCCUUUCUAGAAUGAUAUUCUCACUUUAUCUCUCCGUACGUCAUUUCAAUCUUUCCCUCUCCUUCUUAUUUCCUGCACCCCUCUCUCUCUCCCUCUCUCUCUCUCUCUCUCUCUUUCUUCUUUCUGCCUUUCAGUUUUUCUUUCUCUCAUUCGAUAUUUUUCUCAGUUUCUCUUUCAUCCUCCCUCUUUUCCUCUCUUUCCAUUCUCAGCUUCUCGCUCCUCUCUUUCCCCCUUCUCUAUCAUGUCUCUUCCCCACUUAUCUCUGCUUUUUAUCUUUUUACGUCCCUCAAUUCUUUUUUCUUCUUUUUCUCUCUUUGUUCCUCACCUUCUUACUUUCUUUCUCUACUUUUGUCCCGAUUUACUUUUCUCUUUCACACCCUUUCUCUCUUUCUCGCUUUCAAAUUAUAAUUCACCCCCUCUUUCUUUUUCCUUAG